GCAACAAGGGGAAUUGCGGGGGGGAGAUAGGAAUGGGAAUGUCUCCUCUUACCUACCCCCUCCUCCCCUUCCGCCCGGGCACUCGAUGUACAGGCAGGAGCCAUUUUGUGCGCGGCGCGUGUUCCGCGGGGCCGCGCUCGGCGGCGAGGAGGGUGUUAAAAUGUCCCUGGGACGGCGGCCGCGCGGGUCGGGCCUUAUCUCCGGUGUGUCUCUGCGGGGUGUGAGCGGCGGGCGAGGGGCUCAUCGUGGCCGUGCACACGCAUUCUGGGUCGCCCCAGUGUUCGGGGAGCUCGGGGCGCUCACUGUGUCGGGAAGAUUCCCUCCUGUUGUCAGUGCCUCCUGAGCCCCUCAGGGUGGUGCCCGGUGACAGGACGAGGAGUGAUGGCCGUAAACUAAAACACAAGAAGUUUCACCUCAGCAUGAGGAAGAACUUCCUCGAGUUGAGGGUGGAAGAGCGCUGAAAUAGGCUGGCCGGGAAUGGCGUGGAUUCUCCCUCUGCGGAGACAUUCAAAACCCGCUUGGAUGCUCCAGGCCCUCGAAGUUUGCGGUACAAAGCAUCCUAUAUUCAAGAUUCUAUAAAGAAGGCCGUUGCUGAAAGGGGACUUCAGGGAGUGAGUGCAGGAUGACUCAGCAGGGAGCUGUUCUUCAGGGUUACAAUAAUGAACUAGUGAAAUGCAUUGAAGAUUUAUGUAUGCAAAAAGAAGAACUGAACAAACAAAUCCAGCAAGCGGAAGAGGAAAAGAAUAAACUCCAGCAUGAAAUCCAAGUCCUCAGUGAACAGCUGGAGUAUGUAUGUGAAAACCUGGCCCAAAAGGUGGCUUCACGGAAUGAGCUUGAUAAAAUACUUGCUGAAACUGAAGCUGCUUACAUGAAGAUUUUGGAUAGCUCUAGAACUUUACUUAAUGUCCUGAAGAAGGAAGUGGGGACCUUAAAGCAUUCACCAGAUCUGAAAACCAAUGUAACGUGAGACAGUCAAAUGUUUGGACUCUUCAGUACUAAAAUUUCACUAGGUGAGAAAUGUGGUCAGCCACGGAACCUUAUAGCCACAGUAUAAGCAGAGAGAUUUUCUUCCAUUGUUUCUGUAUGUUUUAUUAUUUUGAAAUGCACUAGAAAAUAGAUGAAAUAAAGUUUGCAGUUUUGUUUUAAAAAA